GGUGUACAUGUACAACGCUGCUACGUGGUGAGGCUACGUUGGACGUACACAGUAGAUAGGUCACGUGGUACUUUUACGUUUUGGGCUUCAGGGGGAUUUGAUAAACAGAAGGAAAGGGAAGAGAGGAGAGGACAGGGAUAAGAGGGCUGUGAACACUGAUGAGCCAUGUUGAUACUGUUACAUGCUUAUGAAUGAAAUGUUUACCUGCUGUAGAAGUGAGCCUAUUUUUGUCUUCUAAGUGUGUGCGUGCGUUAGAGAGAGAGACUACGUCACGACUUGCUGUCUGCGGCGAUCAUACGUCGUGAGUUCGUUUCCUGUCUCACGCGUCUAGACAUAACGAGACUUGGCGUACAGGAAGAAGCUCGUACAUUUGUCUUUCGUUAGAAAUUUGUCAACAACAAAGCAUCGGUCUGCGCACGCCCACGGACAAACUCACCAACAGACAUUCCAUGCCCCUCCCCACCUUGCGAAGAAGUGGGUGGCGUGUCGUGCGAGAUGCUGUUCUAAUCCACGCAAACAGCAGUGGAAGCUCCCAGCAGCCCUCGUACAUACAUGCGUGACGUCACACGAGGUGCGAAGACGUCACGAGUUCUUGAUACCGUUUCAGGCACGUGACGUCAGGACGCCAACUUUGCAUCCUAGUUGCCAUGGCUACUAAUGUUUAUCUCGAGGCUGUGUACGAUUUCCAACACUUCCCGCUGCCGCACUCAUCACCGAGUAUUCCGAAGAUGACCUUAAAAAAGAGAAACGCCGGCACCCGCACAGCACACCGUGAACACCACGAAGAAAAAGAAAAAUCUUGUGUCAUUGCUGACACUCGAAAGGGUCAAGCGCCGCUGGCAAAAGGCUGUAAAGGUCGUCAUCACAGUUCAAAGGGUGGCUGGGAUUGCAGAGGCGUUGAGACGAUGCUCAGCCAUCACGUGUGCAGGAUUCUCAGCACACCUCCUGUCCACCGUUCUGACGAGGACAUCAGGCAUGGGACCUCUUCGGGAAGAAAGUUGGGUCCCUAGCGGGUUUUGGAAGAGGGACCCUAAGGGGACCUUGUAGGGAAUUCCCACGUGUUCCCAUGUUUUCCCACGAAAGACCCAUCCACCUUCCCACGAAAACACCAUUGCAUACCCACCGAUCGCCCAUGAAAAGUCGUGUUUUCCCAUCAACUUCCCCACUCCCACACCCCUCUUGCUGCAUCCCUCACCGUAUCUCACUUUUACUUACACUGGUACACAGGCUUGCACACC